GGGGUAGGACUUAAACAAGGGCUGUUCCCCAGCCAGCCCGCCAACCUAGAGUCGGAAGCCUGGGAGGAAAGACGCUGCUUGGGUAUUUCUGUUCCUCUUUUCUCCUCACUGAUUGCCACUUGAAGCCAAUCAGCCAGCCCAUAGAGACAUGACUACCAACAAAGGCACCUUGCACCCCUACUGGCCUCGGCACCUGAAGCUUGAAAACUUUGUACCUAAUGACAUUCCGACCUGGCACAUCCUAGCUACCCUGUUCUCCAUCUCUGGAGUCCUAGUUUUGACCACAUGGAUGUUAUCUGGCCGCAAUUCAGUUGCCCCAAUGGGGACGUGGCGGCGACUGUCCCUGGGUUGGUUUGCUGUGUGUGCAUUCAUUCACCUAGUGAUUGAGGGGUGGUUCAGUGUCUACCACAAGGCUCUUCUUGGAGACCAAGCCUUCUUAUCCCAACUCUGGAAAGAGUAUGCCAAGGGAGACAGUCGGUACAUCAUUUGUGACAGCUUUGUCGUCUGUAUGGAGACCAUCACAGCUAUCCUGUGGGGACCACUCAGCAUUUGGGUAGUGAUUGCCUUUCUCCGCCAACAACCAAUCCGUUAUGUCCUACAGCUCAUGAUCUGUCUGGGCCAGAUCUAUGGAGAUGUUCUGUAUUUCCUGACAGAGUACCGAGAAGGUUUCCAGCAUUCGGAGAUGGGCCACCCACUCUAUUUCUGGUUUUACUUUGUCUUCAUGAAUGGCUUAUGGUUGGUGGUACCUGGAAUCCUCUUGCUCGAUUCUGUGAGACAGCUUACUCAUGCUCAGAGUAUGCUGGACUCCAGAGUCACAAAAGCCAAGAGAAAGUAAAACUAACCAACAGUGGACUGAGCUGGAGGACUACCUGAAGAGGCAAUCUCCACUUGCCUGAAGACUCUGAGCCAGAUCGCACAUGUUGGAGUAUCCAAGCAAACGGAUCUGUCAUAUCCAGGCCAGUGUCCAGAAAAAUAAGAACUAUGUUGGAAGUAUUAUCAGGAGCAAUUGGG